AUGAAGUUCCUAUCAACGAUCCGCGGGGAUCUCGCUAGCAUCACCGCCCCUCCCUAUUUCCUGGCACCGCUGUCUGUAGUUGAAGUAGGAUCGUGCUGGACGGAGUCUCCUUCGCUUUUCGUGGCACCGGCGCAAGAGCCAGAUGCUCAGAAACGAGCUCUGUUAAUUCUAAGGUGGUUCUUGCACUCACUAAGGUCGCAAUUCUACAUCGGGGUUGAUUCGGAUGCUGGUAUGCGAAAGCCAUUGAACGCUUUCCUUGGAGAGUUAUUCCUCGCCCAAUGGACAGAUGAAGUAUCCACGACGCAUAUAGUCACCGAACAAGUCAGUCAUCACCCUCCGGUCACAGCCUGCUAUAUGUACGAUGAUGUCUACGGCAUUCGAGGCGAGGGAUAUACUAGAGUCGAAAUGAGCUUCUCGGGGUCUUUAAAAGUCAAACAGACAGGCUAUGCCAUUAUUCAUCUCGAUAAAUACGAUGAGGAUUAUUUGAUCCCCUUUCCAGACUGCCAAGUCAAAGGCUUCCUGUCAGGAAAAUUGUAUCCAGAACUUGGAGGUACUGUUCAUUUGACUUCUUCAAGUGGAUAUGUGUCAGAGAUUAGCUUUUCCGGGGAGGGUGUGUUUUCGGGUACGAAAAACACGUUUCAAGCCACAAUAUAUCAUAAAGGCGACGAUAGAAAACAUGCGAUAUAUACGGCUAAAGGGCAGUGGAGUGAUACAUUUACGAUUCAAGAUGCUCGGAACGGAGAUAUCGUCGAGACUUGCUCGCCGAAGAAGUCUGUCGCGGCGCCAUUGCACCUUCCUGACGCCGCAGAGCAGGACAGUUGGGAAACUAGAAAAGCGUGGGAAGACACUUACGAUGCAUUAGCUAAAAGUGAUUUCCAGGGAAUCGUUAGAGCGAAGUCAAAAUUGGAAAAUGCACAACGUGCGAUGCGGAAAAGAGAGAUUGCUGAAAAUAGACGUUGGGAGCCAAAGUUCUUCAGCAAUGCGGACGAAGAUCCACUUUUUGAAGAGCUAGCUUCAGGAUUAAACCUGAAAUUACAGCCGGAUCGAACAAAAGGCGUCUGGAAGUUCGAUCGGAAGAAAGCAGACCUAGCUGUUAAACCCUUUCAUGGAGAACUCACACCCCUUGGGUGA